CGUAUCACUCAGAGAAAUGCAAAGGACGAAGAGACAGCAACCGCCAUCCGGAAACUGGGGCGCAGAGUUACAGUCGUUGCGGCAGACCUCAGUUCUCCUACAGAGGUGAAGAGGAUCGUUCCCGAGCUACUGGACGAGGGCCGGGAAAUACGCAUACUGGUCAAUUGCGCCGGCAUCCAACGGCGGUACCCCUGCGAGGAGUUCCCAGAUGAGGACUUUAACGAAGUCAUUCAGGUCAACCUCAACAGCGUCUUUACCCUCUGUCGGGAUAUUGGUGCUCGCAUGUUGACGCUUGAGCCCUCGCCAGUCACUGGCCGCAAGGGAUCCAUCAUCAACUUUGCUUCUCUGCUCACCUUUCAGGGAGGACUCACCGUGCCAGCUUAUGCUGCUUCGAAGGGAGCUGUUGGGCAGCUCACCAAGAGCUUUGCCAACGAGUGGACAUCCAAGGGAAUCACGGUGAACGCCAUUGCGCCUGGAUACAUCGAGACAGAAAUGAACACUGCGUUGUUGAACGACAAGGAGAGGCUGGCGAGUAUCAGCGCGAGGAUACCGGCCGGAAGGUGGGGCACCCCUGAAGACUUCAAAGGGACAGCCGUAUAUCUAGCCAGCAAAGCAAGUGCAUAUGUGAGCGGUCAUGUCCUCGUUGUGGACGGCGGAUGGAUGGGUCGGUAA